CUCUGUUCUGUUUAGUGUUGAAGUCAUCUGCUAAUCUUACGUGAGGACACAGUCGUAAAUAUACUAAAAACGUCCAUUACAACAGAAUCACACUAACUAACUGAACUUCACCAUGACAAUAGAAUCUGCACCAUCUCUCUCUCUCUCUCUCUCAUCCUGGUCUUGCGUGAUGCCCUUAGGAAACGGUCACAGAGUUUUUGCAAUCAAGGUAGUGAUGAUGGACACACAAGAUAAUGCACUGAUCCGGGAACAACACACCAACGCACAAUGGCGAAUCCCGAAGCUCACCGUCAUCACAAUAGCCAACACCACCGCUCCAAAUCUAAACCAUCAUCUUCAGCGGGUCGACCCAAACCUCGUCCCAAACCUAGGGUUUCACUUAUCAAGCUUCUUCGAGUAGCGUCAGUUGCCGGUGGAAUUCAAUUUGGAUGGGCCUUACAGCUCUCUCUUUUGACACCCUACGUGCAGCAGCUCGGAAUCCCGCACGCUUGGGCUAGCAUCAUAUGGCUCUGUGGGCCUCUCUCUGGGCUUCUUGUUCAGCCUUUGGUUGGACACUUGAGUGAUCGGUGUACCAGUCGAUUCGGUCGUCGGAGACCGUUUAUUUUGGCCGGAGCUGUGUCGAUUAUUAUCUCUGUUCUCAUCAUUGGUCAUGCUGCUGAUUUGGGAUGGAAGUUCGGUGAUACGAAGAAACAUCGGCAUGCUGCUGUGGGUUUUUUUGUGUUCGGGUUUUGGAUUUUGGAUGUUGCUAAUAAUGUCACUCAAGGUCCUUGUAGGGCAUUGCUUGGUGAUCUCACUGGCAAGGAUCAUCGAAGGACACGUGUUGCAAAUGCUUAUUUCUCCCUGUUUAUGGCUAUUGGUAACAUUCUUGGUUAUGCAACUGGAUCAUACAGUGGUUGGUACAAGGUCUUUCCUUUCACACUUACCCCUGCAUGCAAUAUUAGUUGUGCAAAUCUCAAGUCUGCUUUCUUUCUCGACAUUGGUUUCAUUAUCAUCACCACCUACAUCAGUAUCAUGGCAGCUAAUGAAGUGCCUCUAGGGUCAAGUGGGGCACCCAAUGUUGAAGCGGAAGAGGAGUCAGGUAGUGCGGAAGAAGCUUUCCUGUGGGAGCUAUUUGGGACAUUCAAAUAUUUUUCAAGGCCUGUAUGGAUAAUAUUGUCUGUUACUGCUCUUACAUGGGUUGGGUGGUUUCCGUUUCUUCUAUUUGAUACUGAUUGGAUGGGCCGAGAAAUUUAUGGCGGUGAGCCAAAUGAAGGCACUAAAUAUGAUUCCGGAGUUAGAAUGGGGGCACUUGGUUUAUUGCUUAAUUCAAUUGUUCUUGGAAUAACAUCAUUACUCAUGGAGAAGCUAUGCAGGAAGCGGGGACCUGGGUUUGUGUGGGGAAUCGCAAAUAUCCUGAUGGCUGCCUGCUUUGUAGCAAUGCUUAUAGUAACCUAUGUGGCAAAUAACAUUGGUUAUCUAGGGAAAGAUCUACCACCCACUAGCAUCGUGAUAUCUGCAUUGACAAUCUUUACCAUUCUUGGGUUUCCACUGGCAAUUACUUACAGUGUUCCAUAUGCCUUAAUUUCCACGCAUAUUCAGUCAUUGGGGCUCGGCCAAGGAUUGUCAAUGGGAGUUCUGAAUCUUGCCAUAGUGUUCCCACAGAUGGUAGUGUCCGUAGGAAGUGGACCAUGGGAUCAGUUAUUUGGUGGAGGAAACUCUCCAGCCUUUGCUGUGGCAGCAGUUGCAGCCCUUAUCAGUGGAUUCAUAGCUGUCUUGGCUAUUCCCCGAACCGGUGCUCAAAGUUCUAGAAGCCAAGUAUGAGGUAUCAUGUUCUUUCUGCUUUUGGCUCAGAUUUCUUUUGAAGAGGGAUUAUGAAAUUGAACAGGUAGAAAUAAUUUGUAUAUAAUUUCUGUUUUACUUCUAUUAGUAGUUUUUUUUAUCUUUCCUUUCACAAAGAACACCCUCCCCAUUUUUUUUUUUCUAAUACAAAUAAUUGAAUACAUUGAUGCGUUUUCAUCUGAUUCGUCAUUAUUUAGCACCAAUGACCUAAAUUUAGAGUGGUGUUAUUUUCUGAAGUUUUGGAAACUUCAGACUCUUGUUUUUUUCUUCUUGGUGAUCCUGAUGAGUGAGUGGUCUGUUUAAAACAGUGAGAAUAUCUGUUUCUUUAACCAUGGGGGACCAUGUACUGGCGGUUAGACAGAAUGAAUACUCUUGAUGUAUAAAGAACAAUGUAAAAGAAGCAACUCAUAUUGCACUACUUUUUCAAACAUCCUGGCAA